AUGGUCGAAGAAACUACUGAUUUCAGUCAAUUCGAAGAAGAUAAAAACAACGAUCAAUACAAAGUCUCCGCCAAGAAAACCGUUGAUGAAUAUAAAAACUUGGAUGCGGAAGAUGAAUCCUUAGCCAAAUGGAAAGAAUCUUUAGGCUUAGGCUCUGAUGUUUUACCGUUAGAAUUCGCUGGUGACAAAAGGAAAGUGGUGGUUCAGAAAAUUCAACUAUUAGUCAACACAGAACCACAGCCUAUUACAUUUGACCUUACCAAUGAAAAGACAAUCAAAGAAUUGGCAUCUAAAAGAUAUAAGAUCAAAGAAAACUCUAUUUACAAGUUGAAGAUUGUCUUCAAAGUUCAACAUGAAAUUAUCACAGGGUUACGAUAUGUACAGUACAUCAAGAAAGCGGGCAUUGCCGUUGACAAGAUAGAUGAUCAUUUGGGAUCGUAUGCUCCUAAUACGAAAACUAAACCAUUCUAUGAGGUAGAGCUACCAGAAAGCGAAGCUCCUAGUGGGUUUUUAGCAAGAGGUAACUACAGUGCUGUAUCAAGAUUUAUUGAUGACGAUAAAACAAACCAUUUGACUUUGAACUGGGGGGUUGAAAUUGUUAAGAAAUGA